AUGGAUGCCAUAACAUUCAGAUUUUUGAUGAGCUUAGCAGCGUCUCAAAAUCUUGAAAUGUAUCUCAUGGAUGUUGUGACAGCAUAUCUAUAUGGAUCUCUUGAAAAUGAGAUAUAUAUGAAAAUCCCAGAAGGAUUAAAAAUGCCUGAGGAUUUGAAAUCAAAGGCUAAGGAGAUCUGUUCGGUCAGAUUACAGCGAUCACUUUAUGGACUAAAACAGUCCGGACGCAUGUGGUAUAAUCGCUUAAGUGAAUAUUUGUUGAGUAAAGAUUACGUCAACAAUGCGAUAUGCCCUUGCGUAUUCAUUAAGAAAUCCUCGUCAGGAUUUGUGAUUAUUGCUGUAUAUGUAGAUGACCUGAACAUGAUUGGAACUCAAAAGGAAAUUGAUGAUGCAAGAACUCAUAUGAAAGAAGAGUUUGAAAUGAAAGAUCUUGGAAAGACAAAGUUUUGUCUUGGGCUCCAGAUAGAGCAUUUCCAAGAUGGUAUAUUUGUGCAUCAGUCAAAUUACACUAAAAGAGUGUUAAAACGCUUUUAUAUGGACAAAGCAACUCCUUUGAGUACUCCAAUGGUUAAUAGAUCUCUUGAUGUUGAAAAGGAUCCAUUCCGUCCUUGUGAGGAUAACGAGGAAGUGUUAGGUCCUGAAGUACCUUACAUGAGCGCUAUUGGUGGACUAAUGUAUCUUGCAAAUUGCACUAGACCAGAUAUAGCAUUCGCUACUAAUCUGCUUGCAAGAUAUAGUUCGUCCCCUACGCGCAGACAUUGGAAUGGAAUAAAACAUAUUUUUCGUUAUCUUCAAGGAUCAAUUGAUUUAGGAUUAUUUUAUCCUAAAAACUCAAAAUGUGUUUUAGUUGGUUUUGCUGAUGCAGGAUAUCUAUCAGAUCCACACAAAGCUAGAUCACAAACAGGUUAUGUUUUCACAAUUGGUGGAACCGCGGUCUCCUGGCGUUCGCAAAAGCAAACUUUGGUUGCAACGUCUUCAAAUUAUGCAGAAACUAUUGCUCUCCAUGAAGCAUGUAGAGAGUGUGUAUGGCUCCGGUCUAUGACUCAUCACAUACAAGAAUCAAGUGGAAUAUCAUAG